AUGGUAUCCAGUCAGCAACAAAAUCAUCCGGGCGACGUUUGGUUAAAUGAAGAGAGGUUUGGUAUGAAUUCAGAACAAUGGGCCCUAUACGCUGUUUUCGUUAUGUUGCCGCAAUGCGUUCUAAUCGCUGUGCUGUUCUUUCUUGGAUUCCUGAUACUCAUGACACCAUGGGGAUGGAAAAACGUUUUUACUCGAUUCAUGGGACGACCUCUGCUGCAUGGUUUGCCACCAAUCGAAGGAAUCGGACUGAUGGAGACAUUGCGCGGAAGUGGUCAGCCGAGACUAAUGUCACGUUUUCUGUCGCAGGACGAGCUCGAAAGCGUCUAUAAGAUGCCGUUGGCUCCUACGCGAGGGCUGGAUCUUACGGACGAGGAUCGAAAAAUCCUGAACAAUGCGAGUAGGGGUCGAGGAAGUGGAGAAUACAGUUUACAGGUGAGAUGUACUCGAGCUGGACGUGAGGAUACGUUCGAUUAUUCGGGCUAUUUGAGAAUGAAAGACUUUUGA